AUGUUUUUCUUGAAAGAUCUAUCGUUGAACCUAACGUUACAUCCGUCGUAUUUCGGCCCACAGAUGGAUCAAUAUUUGAGAGAUAAGUUGCUAAGCGACGUUGAAGGUACGUGUACAGGUCAAUUCGGCUACAUUGUGUGUGUGCUUGACUCAAUGAAUAUCGAUGUAGGCAAGGGACGAAUAAUCCCCACAUCGGGAAUGGCAGAGUUUGAAGUCAAGUAUCGUGCUGUCGUUUGGAAACCAUUCAAAGGCGAGGUUGUUGAUGGUGUUGUCACCACUGUUAAUAAAAUGGGCUUUUUUGCUGAUGUGGGUCCGUUGUCUGUGUUUGUUAGCACACAUCUAAUACCCUCCGAUAUGAAAUUCAACCCAUCAGCCAACCCGCCCGCAUAUUCAAGUCCCGACGAAAAUAUAGAAAAGGGGUCAAAAGUAAGAUUGAAGAUUGUGGGAACAAGGACAGACGUUAAUGAGAUUUACGCCAUAGGCAGUAUCAAGGAAGAUUAUUUAGGCCCAAGUCCAAUGUAG